AACUAUCUAGAUCUUUUUAUACAAGUUUUAAGUUAUAUAUCGAUAGUGUCAAUAUAUAGGACAUGGAUUAAAGGCAUAAUUUAGGGCAUGGUUUAAGUAUAAAAUUAAAUAGCUUUGGUAGUUAAUACAAACUUUUCAUUUUUUCAUUUGUAAUCAAGACAUCGACAUUUAAUCAAAAUGCCUGCUAAAUACAAAAUAUCUUACUUCGACAUCAGAGGAAAAGGAGAAUUGCCUCGACUUGUUUUCGCUGCAGCUGGAAAAGAGUUUGAGGACGAGAGACUAAGUGGCGACAAAUGGACAGCUUUUAAACCAAAAACACCAUAUGGUCAGAUGCCUGUAUUAACUGUGGAUGAUAAAACUAUGAUUAACCAGACCGGUGCCAUUGCCCGAUACCUUGCACGUGAAUUCGGAUUGUAUGGUUCAAAUAAUAUGGAAAAUACCAAGUGUGACAUCAUCAUUGAAACUACAGUUGACGUUUUUACUGCUAUGAUUAAAUUACAUUUCGAAAAGGAUGAAGCCCAAAAGGAAGAACUUGGUAAAAAGUUUAGUACAGACGUUUUGCCCCAAUAUUUCACAUAUUUGUGCAAGGUACUCAAAGAAAAUGGAGGAAAAUUUCUCGUUGGAUCGAAGUUGACAGUUGCGGAUAUGGCUGCUUUUGACAUGCUUGAUAAACUUACAUGUAACCCAACGAUGGGAGAAGGUGUGUACAAAGACUUUCCUGAAAUCAAAAAGUUUUACGAAAGUGUAAAAACAAAUGCUAAUGUACAGAAAUAUUUGGAAAAGCGACCGGCAGCAGACAUGUAAAUCAAGGAACAUACUCAUUUUUUUUCUUUCAUUUACUUAUUUCAAUUUUUACAUGGUUUUACAUUAACAAACAUAAGAAUGUGAACAAAUAUUUGAAAUUAUUUACAUCGUAUACAAUAGUACAUGGUAUUUGUACUUCUUUUAUUUUAUAGUUAUCUGUUUAUUGAAUGUGUUUUACAAAUUGCAAUUUUCUGAAUUAAAAUAUUAUGAAGCUGUA